AUGUUUUUUUGCAAGAAGGCCGAGCAGGAAACAUUUGAGCUGAAGGAGCCUCUUCUUCCAUCUGUGGCUCCUCAGAGGACAUUUGACUAUAUGCUGGUGUCUCAUAAAUAUGAAGAUGAUGGAGACCUGAAGAAGCAAAGAGCUAAUUAUUUCAUCCAUCAACUGGAGAGGAAAAAUUUCAGCAUCACUAAAAUUGAGAAUGAGGAAAAGAUAUUCUAUGGUGUCCGAGCGCCAAAGGAAGUAUUUGAAGACUAUAUGUACCUGCUCAAAGUGUCGGACUCCUGUAACUGGACUGGAGAUCUUGCAUCCGACGUCAUGCAAGCUACACGAAUACGGAUAGUGCACUUCAUCCUCCAUAACACCUACACCAACACUGGAGAGAACCUGAGCGAACUCCUGAAGCACGAUGUGUUUGAGACAGCGUUCUGCCUUCAUGAGAGAAAGGAGCAGAAGUCGUUGGGGAAGAAGUGGGCUCGAUGGACUGGGCUGUUCACUGGGCAGCCACUGGGUCGUGUCAAGAAUUACUUUGGGGAGAAGGUGGCUCUCUACUACCUCUGGUUGGGAUGGUACACCAAGCUUUUAGUGCCAGCCGCUGCUCUGGGAGUUGUCGCCUUUCUCUACGGUUUGGCCUUUUUUCGGACCAACCCUCUAAUUAAAGACGUCUGUGAUUCCAACAUCAUCAUGUGUCCGCGCUGUGACAAGAGGUGCAGCGUGUGGCAGCUCUCAGACACAUGCACCUACGCCAAGGUCAAUAUUCUGUUUGACAAUGAGGGCACCGUGGCGUUUGCGAUGUGCAUGGCAAUCUGGGCCACCUUGUUCUUAGAGCUAUGGAAAAGACACAGAGCAAAAUUCGUUUCAAAGUGGAAAGUGUAUGACUGGUGUGAAGAGGAGCUCCCCGCGGACGGCCACCAAAGGUCCCCAUGCAGUGAGGUGGUGGUCAACCUGUGCGGCGCCCUCAAUCACCUGGUUACCAGCAGCUCCCUGGCAGCCCGGGACAUCUCUUACUUCAACGGCUUGCCCAAACUGCUGGGCAUCAAGGGCUCUCACGACAACAGUGCUGGGAGUUUGAAAGCUGCCCGGGCGGCCUCCACUGUCCUCUGCAACAUGUUCCAGUAUAGCAAACUGCACAAGGACUACAAACUGAAAGGGUUUUCCCGUCGAGACUUCACUGACGUUACCAUCUGA